UACGGCAGGAGGCGCUGCUGUGCGUUUUUGCAGCCGAAGAGGUGAAGCAGGUGAAAAAACGAAUAAGAAAGUACAACCAUCAACUAGCUUGAUAGGGUUCGACCGAAGAAAAUAGGAGAAUUGUUUCUCUUUUUUUUUUUUUUUAUCGGAUUUCCUCUUCACCUCCCACCGAUCGCUGUAGGACUGCCGGGAUUUUAGCUUUUCCUCCGACCCGCCAACAUGCCAGCUGCACUUGCUGAUUCCAGCCAGAUCAUCUGUGAAGUCUGGGCGAGCAACGUGGAAGAAGAAAUGAGGAAGAUCAGACAGAUUAUCCAAAGCUACAACUACGUUGCCAUGGACACGGAGUUCCCCGGCGUCGUGGUGCGGCCAAUCGGAGAGUUUCGCAGCACGGUGGACUACCAGUACCAGCUGCUGAGGUGCAACGUGGACCUCCUGAAGAUCAUCCAGCUGGGACUCACGUUCAUGAACGAGGAUGGCGACUAUCCUCCAGGCAUGACCACGUGGCAGUUUAACUUCAAAUUCAACCUCACAGAAGACAUGUAUUCACAGGACUCCAUAGACCUGCUGCAGAACUCUGGCCUCCAGUUCAAAAAGCACGAAGAAGAAGGAAUCGACACGCUGUACUUUGCUGAGCUCCUCAUGACGUCGGGCUUGGUGCUCUGUGAAAACGUGAAGUGGCUCUCCUUCCACAGCGGCUAUGACUUCGGCUAUCUGGUGAAGCUUCUGACGGACGCUCGGCUUCCCGAGGAGGAGCACGACUUCUUUCAGAUCCUCAACUUGUUUUUUCCUGCAAUCUACGACGUCAAGUACCUAAUGAAGAGCUGCAAAAGCCUCAAGGGAGGUUUACAGGAAGUAGCCGACCAGUUGGAGCUGAAGAGGAUCGGGCGACAGCAUCAGGCCGGAUCCGACUCGCUGCUCACAGGGAUGGCCUUCUUCAGGAUGAAAGAGCUUUUCUUUGAAGACCACAUCGACGACGCCAAGUACUGCGGGAGGCUGUACGGCCUCGGCUCCGGGUCCAGCCAGCCCCAGAACGGGCUCUCCGGCUCGGGGCAGGAUGAGGCCAACAACAAACACUGAGCGGCCGCUCGGCUUUUUAAAAGGACCCACCGGCAGCUUCCUGCCCUCGCGUUCUCCAACAAGACUCGUCUAAAACAUAUCCGAGCGACUCUUUGGGUGGACUCACAGCGGGAGCAGAUGCUCCAGCGGCUGGCUCGGUUCUUCCCGCGUCGCGUCUUAAACCGGGCCAAACGAGUCCGAUGGAUUUUUUUAAAACAUGUUUGUUUUUACAGCGUGGGACCAGCUCCUAAACACCUGGGAUUUUAGAGACUUCUCAGUUCUGAUCUUUAUCAGACAGAUCCCCCACCCCCCCUUUUUUUUUUUCUUUUGUCUUUACCCCUACAUGGAU